CUUUCUGAUUAAUCAUAGCCAGGAUAAUGCAGAUUGUAGAUUAGAUAUUGUAUUACAAUAUAUUACUAGUCUAAAGCGGAGUUGGUUAUAAGAAAACGUUAACUUCAUCAGUCAAGAUAGCUUUCAACUAAUUUUUCAUAAUCGUAACUCAAUUUUAUUCAAUUGUCUGAAUUGUUCAAGUUUCAGGUUGAAUUGAACCAACAGGCCAAUAAAAACAUGUCAACUACGGAUUUAUUAUCAGAUGAUCCAUUACAUGCCUAUGAUGGAGCCAAAAACCCUUCUCUUCAGCUCAAGGAACAAAAUUCAGAUGCUAAACCAAGCAAAACUGAAGAUAAUUGGAUGCCAUUGCCACUGGCAUCAAAUUGUCCACCAGGUUUGGAGUAUUUAACUAAACUUGAUAAAUUUUAUGUCGUCAAGGAUGAAAAUCGUCGUGAGUCGAACAACACUUAUCAUAUUAAAAACGAUUCGGCCCAGAAGGUUUAUACUGCAGUUGAAGAUUACGAUAAAUGCUGUCUGAUUUGUUGUAACAUUACCAGACCAUUCGAUAUAAGAGUUCUCGAUUUUCAGAAGCGUGAAGUUCUUCAUUUCCAUCGACCUUUAAGAUGUCAAUCUUGUUGGUGUCCCUGUUGCCUUCAAAGUGUUGAAGUUACAGCUUCUGGUAAUUUAUGUGGUUUCAUCAAGCAAUCAUGGAGUCUUUUUGUAUCUAAAUUCAGAAUCUGUGAUGCAACUGGGAAAACUGUUUUACUGAUCAAAGGACCAUACAUCAAUCAGAUUGUAACAAAAUUCCAAAUAUUAUCAAGUGAUGGUAAAACUGAAGUUGGCAAUGUUUCUGCGCUAAGGGCAGUGGCAUUGCAAGAACAAUUUGCCGAUGUUGUUCACUUCAGCUCCUCAUUCCCAAUGAAUUUAGAUGUUAAUAUUAAAGCUGUGUUAUUGGCCGCUUCCAUCCUAAUUGAUGUCAUGUUCCUUAAAAGCGCACGAAUGGCUAGGAUCAGUCAUGCAGUUGAAACAGGAUGGGAGCUUGGACAUUGUUUACACUUGUGUUUGCAUUGUCUCUGAUCUGCCUCGGUGCCAAGCUUAAGCCUUAUAUCGUUUUUGUGGCUCCACCGACCAAUAUUGAGACAUUGAAACGAGUAAUAGCUUCAACUUACAGAGGUCAAGAGGAAGGCAAUAAUCUACCAUUGAAUGAGUUACAAGCAAUCAUUGACGAAGCCCGUGAUAUUGAAGUCCGUUUUGGCCAUCAUUUUGACAAAGUUCUUGUAGUGAAUGAUAUUGAAUCAGCUUAUCAAGAAUUAUUGAGAGAAAUCAAUUCCCUGGAAAGAGAACCUCAAUGGAUUCCAAGUAUUUGGAUUAAAUAAAGAUGUCCAUCUCAUUUUAAUCAUCUCCAUUAUUUAUACAUAUGCAUGUAAAGAUAACAAUCAAUUCAAAUUUACUCUAAAUGGAUCAUAUUUGUCCACUGUUUUACAAGCUCAAUUUUAAUCAAAUUGUUCUCACCAAAUGUUUGUUUUCUCUGUUUUUUUUCGCUUAGCUAAAUUUAUUUUCAAUUUGCUGAAAUCAGUUAUUAUUAUGUAGUUUUAAAAUUGAUCCAGCAAAAAGUACAAUGUAUUUAAAGAACGAUUUUAGCUAAAAAUUGAUGAAAGCGAAAGGUAAUGCUUACUUUUGCUAUGAUAAAACGAAACAUCUCCGAAAACAAUUCCAAAAAAUUAUACAAAUUAUAAUGAAUGCAAUUUUUGCUAAAGAGAUACGAAAAAAUGUGAUUAAUAAACUAUUGAAAGAUGUUUGA